GGCGCGGCGGCUGUGAAGUCGGGCGCUCCCUCUAGGCCUCGGACAAUCCGCGAUGCCGCUGCUGGCUGCUUCGGGCCGGGCGUGCGUGCGGCGGCCGGGGAUGUGACCGGCGGGUGUUUCCCUCCCUCCCCGUCCCCCUGACCCUAACCCUAGCCCUCUCCCCUCCAGCCCUGGCCAUACUUUUUUUUCUUUGCCAUCCUCCGUCCCCGCCGGGCGCGGCUAAAGCGCAGCCCCGGAGGCAGCGGCGGCGACCUCAGCACGGGAGAUGGCUGAUGUAAGAACGUGGAAAGACUGAACUGUGUUUCACAGGGAACAUGACAUAGAUCAUAUGAGAGAUGAAGUCUGAACUGUGAGGUGGAGGUGGAGAUCAAGGUUGUUCCUGAAAAAUGCAAGACUGAGUAACUGAUUUACAGAGAAUGGGAAGAGCUGAGUAGGGCACUGACAGAUUCUGUCAGAUUUUAAGAACAAAUGCACCUUAUAGCAUCUCAUGGAAGAAAAAACACAAAUCAAGACAUUUUUGGGUUCCAAGUUGCCAAAGUAUGGAGCAAAAUCAGUAAGAAGUACACUGCAGCCGAUGCCAAAUGGGACAGCUGUUUCUGUACUAGGAACCUCCAAGGGUAGUAAUGCCAAAGGCUACAUGAGAAAUAAUGGCUCUGAUUGUUCACUGGCCCAUUCAUUUACUUGGAGAAAAACAAAUAAAUACCAGCUUGGUGCUGAAAAUACUGAAGAACUCAACCAUCCUCAAAAUUCACAUGAGAAAUUAGCUGACCCUGACAAACAUGCUCCUCCUCAAGGAUUGUUUGAUAAAAAUGGGGUAAAAGGAGGUGUGAAAGGUGUUUCUUUAUUCACGUCAAAGCUAGCAAAGCCAUGCACAAUGUUUGUGUCAUCUACAGAGGAGUUAAACCACAAGCCUUUUCCUGGACCAUCCAAUCUGGGUAAAUUCACGAAAGGCACAUUGCUGGGAAGGACUUCAUAUUCUUCAGUCAAUGCUUCCAAAUCGCAGUUGGGCACAUUUUAUGGGAACCGAUCCACUGGCAGUAUGCAGAGGCCCCGGGCAGGCUCCUGUGCCGCCCGAAGCAGCUCCGGAGAGAGCCUGGCGCAGUCCCUGGACAACAUUAAAUCCACUACUUGUGAAAAAAUGGUAAGGUCACAGAGUUUUUCACAUUCCAUUCAGAAUUCAUUCCUCCCUCCUUCAUCUAUCACCAGAUCACAUUCCUUCAACAGAGCUACAGAUCUUACUCAGCCUUACCCAAGCCAGCAGCUGCCCAUUCGAGUGCCUCUCCGCUCUAGUAUGCUAACGCGAAAUUCCCGGCAGUCUGAAGUACUCAACGGGAAUGAACAUUUGGGGUUUGGAUAUAAUAGACCUUAUGUUGCUGGUGGAAAGAAGUUGGCUCUACCAAAUGGCCCAGGUGUAACUUCCACUUUGGCCUAUAGGAUGGUCCAUCCCACUCUACUGAAAUCUAGCCGACCUCCGUUUUCUGGAACUAUGACAGUUGACGAUAAUAAAAAUUCACCUGCUGACACAUGUGUGGAGGAAGAGGCUGCCACACUGACUAAGAAUAGCACCGCUGGUAAGGACCGAGAGCUGGCUGAAGACGAAAGUUACCGAACAGACAAUGAUCAGACUGCAAAGCCUGACGCCAAGAUCCGAUACCUGAGUGAUGAUGUGGACGAUAUUUCCUUGUCAUCGUUGUCGUCUUCUGACAAGAAUGACUUAAGUGAAGACUUCAGCGAUGACUUCAUAGAUGUGGAGGACUCCAGCAGAACUAGAAUAACUCCAGAGGAAAUUUCUCUCAAAGAAGAAAAGCAAGAAAAUAUACCAUCAAAGGAUGUAUUUGAUUCUCCUAAGGAAAAUGAGAAUGCAUUCGCGAAAGCUGAUGAAUGGGUAGAUAUAAGCGUCUCUGACAGGAGUGACUGUACCAAGCAUACUUCUGGAAAUAACUUGAUUUCACCAGAUACGGAUUACAGAGCGGGUUCUUCUUUUGAACUUUCUCCAUCUGAUAGCUCUGAUGGGACAUACAUGUGGGACGAAGAGGGCUUGGAACCCAUUGGAAACGUCCACCCGGUUGGCAGCUAUGAGUCCUCUGAAAUGAACAGCAUAGAUAUUCUGAAUAAUCUUGACUCUUGUGACCUUGAGGAUGAUGACCUUAUGCUGGAUGUGGACCUGCCUGAGGACACACCUCUUGAACAUGUGGAGUGUGACAAUAUGAACCGCUUUGACCGACCAGAUAGAAAUGUUCGACAGCCUCAGGAAGGAUUUUGGAAAAGGCCACCCCAGAGGUGGAGUGGACAGGAGCAUUACCACCUUAGCCAUACUGACCACUACCAUCAUGGGAAAAGUGACCUGAGCAGGGGCUCUCCUUACAGAGAAUCCCCUCUGGGUCAUUUUGAAAGCUAUGGAGGGACCCCCUUUUUCCAGGCUCAGAAGAUGUUUGUCGAUGUGCCGGAAAAUACAGUGGUACUGGAUGAGAUGACCUUGAGGCAUAUGGUCCAGGACUGCACGGCUGUGAAAACUCAGUUACUCAAACUGAAACGUCUGCUGCAUCAGCAUGAUGGAAGCGGGUCAUUACAUGACAUUCAGCUGUCGCUGCCUUCCAGUCCAGAGCCCGAAGACAGUGAUCAGAUACAUAAGAAUGAAGAUUUGUUAAAUGAAAUAAAACAACUUAAAGAGGAAAUAAAGAAAAAAGAUGAAAAAAUCCAACUAUUAGAACAUCAGCUUGCAACCAGGUGUAACUGCCACCAAAAGUCCAAAGUGGAAAAAUGCGCAUAUGCUGAUAAAUACACCCAAACACCCUGGAGAAGAGUUCCUCCUCAAAUACUACAGCCUUCCAGCAGCCUUCCCAGACCUACAGACCACGCCCAGGGAAAACUAAUCAAGCCACAACAUACCGAGGCCCACAAUGAUCACGCGGUCCAGGGCCUGCGCCCAGCUGGUCCGUGUCCAGAUGGAAGCUUUACACUUGGCUUGCAGCAAGGAGACAGCUGUGCUUUGCAAGACCAGCCCUUUUCCUCCAGCCCACUGUUCACAGAGGGUGUGGUAAAGAGUGCACCUUCUGCAGUGAACCCGAAUGUGAGCACGGACACUCAAGAGCCUAAUCACUUGGCAAAGAGUCAAGCCAGUGACAUGCAGUUUACGCCUGCUCCUCUUCAGUCUCCUCCCCAGUUAAGUCCAGUGGACCAGAGCAAGAGAAUCGGAAGGCAUCAGUAUCCACCGGCGGGCCACCUGCCUCAGCCCAAGCCCUCGCAGCUUUCAAAGCCAUCCUCAUUGAGUUCUUUGGUUCCUCCUCCAGAUUCUGAGUCCUCGCCAAGCAGAACUCCCACUUGUAGAAAGUCACCGGCAAUCACACCAUGUAACUCAACAAAACUGCAGCUGACAUCUAGUCAAACCAAUCUUGCAAAUAAUCUCAAAGUCUCUAAGCUCCGCCCCCCUUCUGGCUCCUUCACACAAAAACAAGUAAGCGGUCCCCGACAGGAGCCCCAAAACUAUCAGGCCAAGACCAGCAUCCCAAGGCCACUAGCACGACAAAGAGAAAUCGUGCAGAAUCCACAGGGCAGUUUGCAUUCUGGGGAUUGUUUGGCCUCCAGUCGAUAUUCUCGUCUUCCUAAACCAAAGAUCCAUUGAAUUCACAGCCAUCACUUGCCUAUUUGUCUUUUACAAAUGCCCUGUUCUGUAAUAGCUUUAUGUGCAGUUUGCUGUGACACCCUCUGAGGCUCCAUUAAAAGCCUGCAAAUCUUAAAAUUAAAAUGUGGAAGCUUCUACUAGCUUGGCUCUUCCAUUUUCUGUCCUGGUUGAAGUGCAUAUCGUUUGAGUAUACUUGUCUCGGGUACACACAGACAGUGUACCUACUCAUUUCAGAGGCCACCAAAGGCUGUACUCAUGAGUCCACCCUCUGCAUACCGAGAAGUCAUAGCAGCCCACCUGGCUGUCAGGACGUGUGUGCUGCUGAUUUAGUUCUGUCGUGGUCUUUAUUAGCUGUGGUUAUCAGAACCCCAUCCGUUUCGCUUGUUCCUUCUGUGAAUAUGGCUACUGUUCUUAAGCAUCUGAUGACAGUGGAAGAUGGUGGUCUGCAAGUAGAGUUCAGCCGGUGUUGUGUCUAUCAAGAGGUCUAUGCGAAAGCUGCACGAUGAGUAAAGAUGUGGCGUUUAGAGAUAAGGCCCUGCUUUCCUUGCUGGCGUCAGCAAGAUGAUCCUGAUGCUUAUUCAUUCAUCAAGUUCUCCAGGCUGACAAUGUUCAUUAUGUUACAUCAACCACUUCUGUGUUGCUUUAGCCCCUUAGUUCACACACAGGCCAUUUGCUUGUAUCGCUACAGGGUAAAUGUAAAGAGCUUCAGGUGCCUGGCAGCCUAUUGUUUGUAACCUGUGCUCAUGCUGGAGCUGUGCUGACAGUUCAGUUUUGAACCCUGUAGAUGUAUGGAUCCAUCAUGGCUGUUCUAAGGUUUCAUAACAUACGUUUUAAAUGAAAUCUUUAUUGAAAUAUUUAUAUUUAUUGACUUUCUGCUAAUAUCUGAAGACUGGAAUAAUGGUCUUGAAAUAUUUGCACAAAAGUUUGAUGGGAUAUAAAUGUCCCAUACAUAGGGAUUUAAAGCUUAUUUUCUAUAGAACAAUAAGUUAAAUAUUUUGAGGAAAAAUGUAAAUUUAAGAAUAUCUUGAAAGCUUGAAUUCAUAAGUUUGCUUUUAUGAGUUUCUUAGGUUUUCCUUUAUUGGUAUAUGUUUGAAUGACAGUUACUUGAAAAGUAGAUUUGGAAAGACAAAUAGAAUUGUAUUUCACUAAGCAGUAUUUCAAAGGGAGUGUGCUUAUUUAUUUUAAUGCAUUACAGAAGGCAGCUCGGAGACCCUCCUCCAAUGGCCAUGUUCAGGAAUCCAGUUAUGCUCUAUAAGUCACUUGCCAAAUAGUUCAGUCAGUUUAACUUAUGUUCUCCCACAUCAUGUUGUCUUCAGGCUAGUCCCCCAUACAUGAUUUAGUUUAAGUUAAUAUUUUUAGGCAGAUAAUUUUACAAAGUCAAUUGUAUCAAAGAGUCAUGGCCAAAAAGUCAGUCAAAUUUCUAGAGAUUCCUUUAAAAUAUGCACAAGGCAAACAGUAUCUGCCCCUUUUUAUAAGAGAACAAAUGAAUGUCUCAGGUGCUUUAGUAGAAAUUUCCAAAGUGGUGUUUGCUACCCUUUUGAUGCCAUCUUCCCUCAGCACUCAGACCCUUCAGGCAAAUCAGCCAUUCAGUGGUACAAGCCUGUCUUGGGUUCACUCACGGGCAAAGAAGCCAAGUGCUUCUGCCACAGAGGGGCCCAGGUUCAGAAAGGCCUGCACACAGUCAGGAACUGUCGGUGUAGAGGCAGUCACGCCUAUCAGUGAAGGAAGCACCUCUUUGUUCGUGUGUGUAAUCAAGCCAGUCAGCUGCAGCUCCAUGUGGGACGCGUGCUUUCUCACUCUAAAGAAGACAGGAAGUUGAUGACAUGCACCUUGGAUGCUGUCACAGUCUGUUUCCUAAAGGAACGUGUGCUAAUGAGUUAGUAGGGUUUUGAUUGACCUGCACUUGGUAUAGGUCUUAGGAAAUAUUUUUUUACAGAUUGAUUUUAUCCUUAGGGAAAAGUUUUACGUUUUUAAUUUAUUUUAACCCUCUAUCUAAUCUGAGGGAAAUGUUUUGUGUAUUAUGUGGAAAUGUUGACUGCAGUACUUUGUUUGUUCUGAUUUUUGUCCCCACUAGUGCAGAAAUGUUGUCCAUUAGUUAAGCUUCUCAGUACCUUUAUUUCGUAAUUUUAACAUGAAAUAGGCUCCUCCCUCCUGCCCCACGUCUGUGCACAUGUGUGUGCGCGCAUGUGUAUGUGUAGUGUGUGUGUGUGUGUUUUGAGUCAGGGUUUCAUGUGUAGCCUAGGCUGAUCUCGAAACUCGCAGUGUAGCCGAAGAUGACCUUAAACCUCUGAUCUUUCUGCCUGUCCCUCCCGAGUGCCAGGUCGCACUUGUGUUCGGUGCUGGAGCUGCAUCCCCCGGCCUCAUCGAUAGGAUUCUGAAGCGUAAUAGAUAAAGAGAGGAAAUGUUUAGUAUGCCUCAGAAACAGCACGAAGUGUUGCCUGCAGCUCUCUCUAACCGCUGCAGGCGUGGUCUGCCUGUUACAGGUGUGAGCACGUAGCACUGCUGAGGAAUAGAGUUUCCAGAGUUGCUUAAUCUGUCUCUUCUUUGUGUAAGUCCGUGCGAGCCGCGUCCUCUCCUUCGUCCUUAGAUCACCUGCUUGUUGUUCUGUCCAUGCAGAUGGUGAAGCUCAUGACUUCUAAGUCCCAGGGAAGGGUUGGUUAAGUUUCACAUUUAUGAAAGAGAAAGUAUAUGGAAAUAAAUACUUGGCUUUUAAUGGGAUGCAUUUCAAUAUUUUUGUUUUUUGUCGAGGCAGAGUCUUACUAUGUAUGUAGCCCAGGGAGACAGACCUUGAAUUCACUCACAAUCCUCCUGCCUCAACUUCUUAAGGGCUGGGAUUACUGGUGUAUGCCAACAUAUCCGGUUGUAUAUCAAGCUUUUUAAAAGAAAGCUUGCCCUAAGAUGCUUAUUGGUAUAGGGACAGGUGGUCUUAAGACAUUAAAUGAUGAAUUAUAGAGUUGUGUGACAUAGGCUGUUUAUAACAACUGAGACCAUCCUUCUGUUAUUUUUCUUUUGUAGUCUCUUUUUCAUUUGUGCAAUAUUUCCAGGCCUAUAGACUACUGUUCAUUGUAUUUAUAUAGCUAUUAGAGAAGUUACUAAGCAUUUUAACAAGUGAAAAUCUGAAUAUGAAAGAAAAUAUCAGAUAUGCACUUUAAAUGAGCUUAAUUGCUUGGAGUUGUGCCUGAAAUAUCAAAAUGCUGCCUCCUGGGCGUGGCUUUGUUGAGUGAACUGGCUUUCUCUGUAUUUGCUGCUGUAUGAAAAUAUCAGUACAGCCUUUCAUAGAAUCAGUACAGCCUUUCAUGAAAUCAUCUCUCUGGCAUAUUAGUCUGUUCAUUAUAGCACUGAGUUCUCUUUCAGUGUUCACUGUUCCUUGAAUUAUUUCACUCAACUCAUCAAAGAGAAUGUGUCGUGUGUCCCCCCCCCCCCCCAUAGCCAUCAGUCCUAAAGAUCCUGUGACGUGGGCGAUGCUCCUGUCCCAGGUGCACUCCUGCUUUCUGAGCAGAGUUGUGCUGCUGGUUUUCUGAGCUCCAGGAUGCUGGGGUCAAGCAGUCCUGCACUGAAGGUCAGUAAGGCUGCAGCACCAUUUCUGCUCUCUCUCCAUCCUGUACCGUUAGCUCUUGUCACCGAGUUAACUCAGGUGGUUACGUCUGCAUGCUUGUGCACACUUCUGAAGACAAUCGUAGCUGUCAUGUCUACUACACGUUAUGUUAUCUGUGGGUAUGAUGGCCUUGCUGCUUUUCUUAAUGCUGAUGCCUGGGUUCUAUUUCUGUUGAUCUUUAAGUUUCCUGCUGCCGCAGCUUGAGAGGAUACAUUUGGAUCUGAUUACGAGGGUUCUGUUAUAAUGUUAUUGGUUAAAUAUUAUGUCUUCACCUUGUUGGGAGAAGCUGCCCCUUCCUCCUGUGGAGCAUUGCCUGCCACAGUGAAACGAUGCUGGCCUUGAGAAUUUACAGUCUGUGUCAUGACUCCCGAGUGUCUACGUCAUGACUAACUAAAACCAGAAAUAAUAUCUGCAGUGUUGUUUUUCCUGUUGAUUUAUAAACCAGUUCAGAGUACAUAAUGUAUAUUAGAAUUUGCCUGUAAAAUGAAUUAUGAAACCAGAUGUAAAGUCUCCUUCCUGAAAAUGAUGGCAUAGUAAAUAAAAAUAAAAUUCAUAAUUAUAACAA